AGUUUGGGCACAUUCAGUGAAAUGGGAGGGAGAGGACGUGGUAUUUUAGGAAAAAAGAAUGGCUUUGGUCGUGGUGGGUUCGGAAGAGGUGCUCCAUCAUCUAGUGAUAGCACAGGUGGAGCUGGCAAGGGUUUUGGACGAGGUGUUUUACGUGCUGGCUUCACGGUAAAUGGUAAUGACAAUGAACUCUCCAAUGACAUGUCGAGUCUGUCCGUCGGCAGACCAGGAGGAAUGUCCAACGGAUUUGGGAAGUCGGAGAACAAUUCUGGUGGAAGUGGUUUUGGAUCUCGAGGAGGGUUUGGUGGAGGGGGAGGAGGAUUUGGAAACAAAUCGGAUACCAACAAUAACAACAGUGGGGGAGGUUUUGGGGGUGGAUCAUCCGGUGGAUUUGGGGGUGGAUCAUCUGGUGGAUUUGGUGGAGGGUCCUCAGGUGGAUUUGGAGCCAAGAAGGAAGGAGGCUUUGGUGGGGGUGGAGGAUUCAGUGGAGGUGGAGGCUUUGGGGCCAAAAAUGAUGGAGAAUCUUCUGGCUUUGGAGGAGGCUUUGGUGGUGGUGACCGACCUCCAAGGGGAGGUGGAUUUGGAGGUGGGGGCGGUGGCUCUGGCUGUCGGAACUGUGGUGAGGAAGGGCACUUUGCGAGGGAUUGUCCGAAGCCCCGCAGUGGUGGUGGAGGUGGUGACAAGGGGUGCAGAAACUGUGGUGAAGAGGGCCACUUUGCCAGAGAGUGUCCAAAUCCUAAAAGUGGAGGUGGUGGAGGUGGAGGGGGGAAGUGCUUCAAAUGUCAGGAGGAAGGACACAUGGCAAGAGACUGUCCCAAUGCUCCACCAGUUGAUCCAGACAGACCUGCUCCUUAUGUACCACCUGCCCCAUCUGAAGACGAAGCUGAAAUCUUUAAAGUCAUACAGAAGGGAAUCAAUUUUAACAAGUAUGAUAAAAUUCCUGUAGAGGUAACAGGGAGAGAUCCCCCUCCAGCCAUCAAAAGCUUUGAUGAGGCUGGACUGUACGAGAAAUUCCUGGAAAAUGUCCGCAAAGCUCAGUAUGAGAAACCAACCCCAGUACAAAAGUACUCUAUUCCCAUAGUAAUGGCUGGCAGAGAUCUGAUGGCCUGUGCUCAGACAGGAUCUGGCAAAACGGCUGCCUUCCUGCUGCCUGUCUUGACAGGAAUGAUGAAAAAUGGAAUCUCUGGAAGCAGCUUCUCUGAAGUUCAAGAGCCCCAGGCUCUCGUGGUAGCCCCCACAAGAGAGCUUGCAGUACAGAUAUUUAUGGAUGCCCGUAAGUUUGCGUACGGCACCAUGUUGAGGCCAGUGGUGUUAUAUGGUGGGACCUCCGUGGGUUAUCAGCUCCGACAGGUCGAGCAGGGGACACACAUACUUGUAGGAACGCCAGGGAGGUUAAUCGACAUUAUUGGAAAGGGGAAGAUCAGUCUUGCAAAGUUGAAGUAUUUGAUUUUGGAUGAAGCGGACAGGAUGUUGGACAUGGGCUUCGGUCCAGACAUUCGAAAGAUUGUUGAGGAGUUGGGCACUCCCCCUAAAACAGAGAGACAGACCCUUAUGUUCUCUGCCACCUUUCCUAAAGAAAUUCAGGAGAUGGCUGGAGACUUCCUGAAUGAUUACCUCUUCUUGACCGUUGGCAGAGUGGGAGGGGCCUGUACUGAUGUAACACAGACAGUUUUUGAAGUUGACAGGCAGGAAAAGAGGUCAAGACUCUGUGACAUACUCACAGAAACAGGCACAGAGAAAACCCUGGUUUUUGUGGAACAGAAACGCAACGCAGAUUUCUUAGCAUCCUAUUUAUCUCAAAAUGGAUUUCCUACUACUAGUAUUCAUGGGGACCGUCUUCAAGCAGAGAGAGAGGAAGCUCUGCGAGACUUCAAGACGGGUAAAGCUCCCGUUUUGAUUGCUACAUCAGUGGCAGCACGUGGUCUGGAUAUCCCUCUCGUUAAACAUGUCAUUAAUUAUGAUCUCCCACAAUCCAUUGAUGAGUACGUCCACAGAAUCGGUAGAACAGGUCGCUGUGGGAACCUGGGCAAGGCCAUGAGUUUCUAUUCUAAUGAUACAGAUGGUGCUCUUGCCAAACCAUUGGUCAGAAUUUUGUCAGAUGCAAUGCAAGAAGUCCCAGACUGGCUAGAGGAGUACUCCAAGACCAGUAUGCCAGGGGCUGGUUAUGCUGAUGUGGGCGCCAAAUUUGGAGGCCGUGACAUUCGAAAAAAUCAGCCAAGGACCAGAGAGACCCACAAGGGGGAGGGUGGCUACCCUCUGGGGGCUGGUGGUUCUGUAUCCGUUGGAGCAGGUGGUGCCCAAGAAGAGGAUGAAGAAAACUGGGAUUAGGCCCUUUUUUUCCUCCAUGUAACUAAAAGGAAUGCCUCCCUGUGUAGGACAGAGAAUGUUUUUUGUUUGAAGCCAGGAAGGCUGUGAACACUAGGUGCUACAGGGACUGAAGUAGUGCUCUUUGCGUGUUUUAUUGUGUACAUAUGUUGAUACGUCUUAUUUGAUGGGCAUUACAGACAUCUCUUCCUUCGAAAGCAAAUUUUGGAUGUUGAACCUUCAAGAAAAAAUAGGGCAUGAAUUCAAGAAGUAAUCUUUGAAGAGAAAUAAAACAUCAAUAGAAGUCUUGCCCUAGAACUGAUUUACUCAUAAAAUCUGUAGAUUUGGACCAAUCCAAAUGGAAUUUUUUAAACAAAACCAAGAGAGAAUGUUGAUCAACAUAAAAUUGAUGGAUUGAAAAAUUACAUGGAUCCUUCAGAAAUUUAUUAAACCAAUGCUUAACACUUGAGGAGGGAUGUAGAAGGAUGAAUGUGAUGCGAACAUCGUGUUGUGAGAAACAAAGGAGAAAUGAUAUGUGGCGGUUUGACCCAGUAUCGGGUGUGCCGAGACAAACCCAAAAAUGACUGUAAUUCAGGGUCGCGUGGUCGAGCUCGGUGUGGGACAGUUAUUGGCAGCACGGUCUGUCGCUGAGCAUAACGAAUGGAAAGUAUGGAAGUGAAUUCUAGUCUCAUGUCAGACCUAGUGCAAUAAAUACCCAUGUCUUUCAGAGAACAUUUUAUUGUUGUUGUGAACUUUGAAUCUCAUCUCAUGGAUCACCGCAUUUCAGGGUAUCCUCAGGGUAGCAUCAUUGCCAAUCAUUGCCAACCAUCACACCAUAGCUCUAGUCCACUACCGCUGUGAUAUUCCAUCUGUUUUGUUUCUCAUUAUGAUUUUUUUUUUUUUAUAGUUUUCUGUUAUAUUUUUUUAAUUAAAAAAAAAAAACAUUAAAAAAAA